AGUAUGGCAACGAUGUCCUGGGAGCAAAGGCUGCAGCAAUUCGUCGAAGCUAAGGGUAGCAGUACCAGUGAUGGUGCUGCUGGUGGUGCCGGGCCAUCGGGCGCAGUGUCGGCCGCAUCGGAGGCGGACGUGGAGCAGAUGACGGCGCAGUGCAUUGCCGACUGGCACACGCCGACUGCUGCCGCCGCUGCAGCAUCCACUUAUCAGCACAUACCUCUAUUCUACAGAAAGUGUCCGGAUGAGAACGAUGCAGUCCGUAUGAGAGUGAGAGAGGAAGCACGAGCACAUCAUGUGCAGCGUCUUAGCAAGGAGAUGUUGACGAACAGCGACCUUGAUGUUGUCUGGGCUCUUCUACAGACGCAAUACUCCAGUCAGGAGAAUGAAGAGAAGAUGAUCAAUUUUGACGACUUUGUGCGCGUAGGCCAAGAGGCCGGCGAAAAGUUCAGGUUACCCAUCAGUCGCCUGUAUGCCUACAUAAUGAGAAAAGUCUGGCUGCAGCAGACGCGCAUAGGCCUGAGUCUGUACGACUCGCACGGCACCGGGGUUCUCCUUGAAGUCGAUUUUGAAAACUACAUCCUGGAGCUGAUUCCCACUCUUCCUCAGUUGAAUGGCCUGGAAGACUCGUUCUAUUCAUUCUUCGUCUGCACCGCCGUGCGCAAGUUCUUCUUCUUCCUUGACCCGCUGAGGACAGGCAAGGUGAAGGUGCAAGACAUCAUGUCCUGCAAGUUUCUUGACGAGCUACUUCAGCUACGCGACGACAAGCUGACGGCCGACCAGCAACGUUGUAACUGGUUUUCAGCACCGCACGCUCUGAGGGUAUACGGUCAGUACUUGGCAUUGGACCUCGACCACAACGGCAUGCUCAGCGAGCAAGAGCUGAUGGGGUACGGUACUGGGACGCUGAGUCCCGUUUUUGUAGACCGUGUGUUUGCCGAGUGUCUGACCUACGAAGGAGAGAUGGAUUAUAAAGGUUAUCUGGAUUUCGUACUGGCUAUGGAGAACAGGAAGGAACCGCAAGCAUUGCACUUUUUUGUGCGUCUACUGGAUGUGCAGAAUCUCGGAUACAUUGACAUGUUCUCCGUCUACUAUUUCUUCAAGGACAUACAGCGUAUGUUGGAAGCGCAUGGCCAGCCAAUGGUUCAGUUUGAAGACGUGAAGGAUGAGAUCUUUGAUAUGGUCAAGCCGGUGGAUUCGCUCAAAAUUACACUGGAAGAUCUGCUAAGAUGUGGGCAAGGUGACACGGUGAUAAGUCUUCUCAUCGAUCUCAAGGGGUUCUGGCUUUACGAGAAUCGAGAGCAGCUUGUCGCUGAUCCGUCCCAACUCGACGCGGAAGACGAAGACGACGAUGAAGUGGAUGACAUGGAGCUGGCUAGCUCGGUUCCUAGCGGCGGCCAUGUUGGUAACCAAGGUGAUGGUGCAGGCGGCCAUGUUGGUAACCACGGUGAUGGUGGUGGCGACAGCCAGGAUGUCCUGCCGGUGGAGCGGGAGUUCCGCGAGAUGAGCGUGGAGGAUUUGGAGUGAAGCUGUUUUGUGUGUGUGUGGGUGCUUGUGUUUGUGUGUCUGGCGUAGUGGAUGGUGUACAGUGGAGAGAGAUCUUAGUGUAAACUAUGCGGGAUUACAAAUUACUUUCUUUUUGCAUGGAAUGUACUGUACUGUUUACCUUACUGUGCAUUGACCUUGAUUCGUUUAAUACCUUGACCAUGAUCUUUGUCUACCAGUCAGUCAUGCAGGCUAUCUGGAGAUCAUCACGAGAAAACGUUCUUGAUGGAAAUAAACUGUUCCUAUGAUGACAA